CUGACUCCAAGAUGCAGAACUGCUACUGGGCACUGAUGCUGGUGGUGGGGGUCGUUGCGGCAGGCCCCACAAGGCCGACCCCCCUCAGCUACGAGCAGGUUGUGGAUUUGGCCGUCGCCACCUACAACCAGGAGCUGGGCUCGGAGAACGCCUUCCGGCUGCUGGAAGCCGAGCCCCAGCCGGACUGGGAUCCUUCGGCCCAAACCGUCCAGGUCCUGAAAUUCACCAUCAAGGAGACCGUUUGCCGUGCGGACGAGAACCCGGAUGUGACCCAGUGUGCGGAAAAAGAGGAUGGGAUUGACCGGGACUGCUCUGGGUUCUAUUCUGCUGAUCAGAAUCGGCCGAUGAUCCUUGUCGAGUGCGAAGAUGUGGAUGAGCAGAUGGACCGCAUCACCAGGAGCCGCUGGAGAAGAUUCUGGGGGAAAGCCAAGCGUGGCAUCAAGAAGCAUGGGGUCAGCAUCGCCUUGGCGGCCCUGCGACUACGUGGUUAGCAAGGGCCGGAGAGCAACAGUCUCAAGAUGGCGGCCGUCCCUCCUGGGGCACCGCGACAGCCCUGCAGCCCCGGGGAGCUGCGCCUGCAGGCUUCUCAUGCGCUUCGCAUAUCCCGCCUCGCUUCUCACGCAGCAUCCUUCUCUUCUCUUGUCCUUACACAUCAGUCUCCCGUAAUAAAAUAUGCACUGUUGAGAUUGUAAUUUGCAA